CUGAGUCGCAGACGGCGUGGGGGAAAGCGCGGCCAUGUGGCGAGGAAACACAGGCGCCAAGGGCCAACAUGGGCCGCCGGGGACCGAACCGCCUCCAGCUAUCGAGUUCCUUGACGACGAGGGGUCGGAGCCGCAGUUCGACGAUUCGGAUUGGCCUGCAGAGCUUCGAGGUGCAAAUGGUUCUCAAAAGAUAAAGGAUAUUACAUCUUCAUUUGCCACCCAGCUCCUGCUUGUUUCUCUGCUACAACAUCUUUGCCAUGUGUAUGCACAAGAUCCCUUGCGUUCAAGACGUUUGUUCCAAUUGCUGUGUAAGAUGUUUACUCAAAUGCACUUGCUUUCUGAUUUUGCUGUCUGCGAAGAAUUCAGUAGCCUAAGACUACAACAUAACCGGGCCAUUGCUGCAUUAAUGAAAGCAACUAAUGAAAAGAUCCUCAAAGAGGAGUUGGGUAAAGGCGAUUCUUAUACAAAGAGGGAAAAUGAAGUUCUCUUUGAAGCACAGACGUCUCGCUAUGUUAAUGAAUUUGAUGAGGUGUCGAAGCUAGGAAAAGGAGGGUACGGAACAGUAUACAAGGUCAGAAACAAGCUAGAUGGUCAGUUCUACGCGAUUAAAAAAAUUCUUAUUAAGAAGGCUACCAAAAGAGAUUGUAUGAGGGUAUGCAUUUAUUUUACAUCUAUUCAGGUAUUACGGGAAGUUAAAGUGUUGGCCGGACUGCAGCACCCUAAUAUUGUGGGAUACCACACUGCUUGGAUAGAACAUGUUCAGCCAGCAUGCCGAAAAGAUGAGACAAACCUGAAUUUGCCGUCACUCAAAAUGUCUUCUGGGCAAGAAUAUUCCGAAGAUCAGUGCUCUGUUGAAGACAUGGAAGACAGCAGUUCCAUUAUCUUUGCUGAAUCCACCCCUGAAGAUUCUGUUGACAGAGGUUGCAAAGGAAACAAAAUGAAUGCCUGUUCACUACCUGUUGAGUCGCAAGGCAGCCGCUCUAGGAAUGGCACAGGCAGUGGGUCGAGAUACAAUGAAAAUCAUCCAUCCAUUGCAUCUCAUCGCAAUCAGGAUAGACGCAACAUUAACACAAAUGACUCUUGGAGCGAUGAAGAGCACUCCCAGAAGGGGGUAUCUCUGCAUGGCCAAUGUGAGGUGGAGUAUCAUCUAAUGCUUCACAUACAGAUGCAACUGUGUGAAAUCUCAUUGUGGGACUGGAUUGCCGACCGAAACGGAAUAUGUUUCAGAGCAGAUGAUGCUUCCAGUCCUUAUCACCAUGUAGACAAUUACUGGACAUUAAAAAUCUUCCAAGAGCUACUAGAAGGAGUGUAUUAUAUCCACAGUAAAAGAGUCAUGCACCGGGACAUUAAACCCAGAAAUAUCUUUCUGCAAGGAUCUGAUCACCAUGUGAAAAUAGGAGACUUUGGGUUGGCCUGUAGAGAUAUUAUCCAGGAAGAUUCAAUCCAGUUGCUAAGCGCAAAGAAGACCAAUGAACUCAUACAUACUUAUGGAGUUGGUACAUGCCUGUAUGCAUCGCCUGAACAACUACAAGGCUCUCACUAUGACUUUAAGUCAGAUAUGUACAGCUUGGGUGUAAUCCUGUUCGAACUCUUCCAGCCAUUUGGAACAGAAAUGGAAAGAACCGAAGUUUUGACAGGCUUAAGGAAUAGCCACAUCCCUCUCUCUUUCAGCAGGAAAUGGCCAAUACAGGCUAAAUAUGUUAAGCUGCUAACCAGUAUUGAAUCCUCACUCAGACCGACUGCCAGUCAACUUCUUGAAAGCGAACUUUUCCAUAAUGCCGCAAAUGUCAUUUGUGUCCUUCAGCAGAAAGUGAUGCAGCAAAAUGAAGAAAUCAAGCUGCUGAAGGAAAAAGUUGCGUUACUUUUACAAGAGAAAGAUGAGAGAGACAGAAUUAAGCAACUGGGCUCUCCUGUUUAAUUCAAAGAAAAGUACUUAAUGUAUUAUGUAAGAUGUUUUAGUUUUUUAUAUAAAGUGUCUCCCAGCA